GUGCGACUCUCGAUUUCGCCCUUCCCCUCAGAAAAGGAAGAUGUGGCGCUGCGCCUCCGGAGGAGGAAGGGGCAAUAGACGCUCGAACCCGGAAAGAGGUUUUCCGUCGAGAAACUUUCGAUUUGCCGGUGGAGAUCGGGAGGUCGCAGAGGAACCGCUGGGUCAAGAGAGGCCGAAAUGGCGGUGAGUCUCGCAGCUGCAAGAGCUUUGCAUCUGUCUAGCGGACGGGCAGAGAGAAACACUCCACUGUCUCCUGAUCGCGCCCCAAAAUUCAUCAGUCUUUCGAUCGUGCCCCAAAGUCCAGCGGCCACCGCUCAACUCAACCCGCAGGACGUCGAGAAGCCCUUAUCGGUUCCCUGCCUGUAAUCUGACUUGCCCCAGCCGGAAGCGAACUGGCCGGGAUUGAGAUGAAACUGAACAACACCAUCUUCCAGCCAGCUCGACCUCCCACCCGGAGUUGGAUUUCCAUUAAAUAUCUCAAGGUUCAGGAAGAUUCCCACAUAGUUAAAUACUUUCCUUCACAGGAACUGGUGUAGAAAUCGCUCUCAGAAAAAAAAGAGAGCAAAAGGAAUAUAUCAUCCCUCACAUACAUGCCCGGAGGGCAAGCCUCCUGGUUUCCUUCUUGUGAGUUAAGAAGAAAGGACAGAUGGGUCCAUGUUUUCAGAAGACACUGCUGUGAAACACUCAUCCUAAGCAAUGAUUGGUGAUGUGAAACUAUGGCUGCUGCCAGAGAAAUACUCCAUGUGAUUAAGGAUUUAAAGAAUACACUGGUUGAUUUAAAUCAAAACUACCGGGAGCGGGGUCUCCCAGUGACAGAUGGUAGCCAGGAACUGCAACCGUUCUGUUCCCAACUGGAAUUUCUACUGCAGUAUGAUUUGAAAGAGAAGAAAAAUUUAUUUGGACAGAGAAAAGAUUAUUGGGAUUUUCUGAGCCAAAACCUCACCCGUCUAAACAGCAACCCACAUGCAGGGGUUCAACAUGUCAUUUCUUUAGAUAAACUGAAAACUGCUGUGGGGAAGGGCCGUGCUUUCAUCCGCUACUGCCUGGUCCAUCAACAGUUAGCUGAGACCUUGCAGCUCUGUUUCAUGGAACCAGAAACCACCAGUGAGUGGUACUAUGCACAUAGCCCUUUCUUGGAGGAAAAGCUACGGACGGACAUUUUGAGCUCCCUCUAUGAGUUGAAUGGCAUGGCCUUCCAUCUGGCCCUCCGCAGAGAAGAUUUGGAUGUUGCCUGGCCUAUAGUCUCAGAAGUUUUGCCACGAUUUUCCACCAGAGCUAUAAAGUAUGCCCCAUCAGAGGAUGGAUUGUCUAAGGUUGAAAACUCAAACCAAGAACAUGGGCUUCGUCAAGGAAGCACCUUAGUACACAGGAGCCUGCCCAGAACAAUGGAUGUUACUGAUUCAAGGGUAGAUGAUCAGUUGAGGCCUGGGCUGGAACAGCCAUUGGAGAAAUGGAUUGGAGUCUGGCGAAGCAGAAAAAACAGUCUCUUGCAGAUGGGUUCCCUUCUGAAACUGAACCCUUUUAUGGAAAGGUAUGUCCAGUGUCCACCUUCUGACAAGGAGCAGAAAAGGGCGGAUGGUGAUUUGCAGGUCCACUUGGAAAAGGAGCAGCCAGGCAGCAUGCCUUAUAUCCAAGGAUUAUGUUACCCUCAACCCAAACACUUCCCCUGUAGGAAGGUAGAUGGGAUAGUGGAAGGUGACACCUUGCAGAAGCAAGAAUGCUUGAGAACAUUGAUAGGGGAGAUGAGCAUUCUACAGCAAAAGUUGGCCUUGCAACAAGAGGAAAAAGCAUCUCUAAAGCAAGCUCUUUCUAAAGAAAACCGCUCUCUAAAAGAAGAACUGACAAAAUACGAAGAACAACUGAAAGAGAAAACAGGUGAGCAGGAAAAACAACAGCAGGAAUUGGCCAAGGUAGUAAAAGCACUCAGAGAAGCAGAAUGUAAGAUUGCCAGUUUGACUGGGGAAUGUCAAGAGGCAUGGGCCAAAAAGGAAGGUGCUGAGAUAGCUCUCAAAGAGGCAGAACGGAGACUGAGUACUCAGGAGGCAGAGAGGAGAGAGCAUCUGGCACAUAUGGAGGCCCAAGAUUUGAAGCAACAGCAGCUGAUUUCUCAAUGUCAGGGACUGCAGGAGAAAUUGAAAGUAUCUGAAAAGAGCCUGGAGAGGUGGGAAGAAUAUGUGGCAGCCAUGAAGAGCCAACAUGGCCAACUGGAAACAGUCAAGGAGCUGGCAGAAGAGAAAUGUUGCAGGACGGUAAAAAGAGAAGACUAUUCAACCAUACAGGACAUGGAUCCACUUAAGAAGAAACUAGAGAGGAGUUUGGCUGAAAUAAAGCAUUUAGAAAAGGAGAAGGAGACUCUUCUGGAAACUUUUGUGUCUCAGGAACAAAGUCUGGUGCUUUCCAAGCUUGAAAUGAAAGACCUUCAGAAAGAGCUGCUGGUAUGUCAAGAGCAACUUGUCACCCUCCAGGUGUCUCUGGAGAAGCAGGAAAAGGCCCUAAGGGACCAUGAGAAAGCAGCCCUGAGUUUGCAAAGAGAGCUAAAUAACCAAUCUGCCUGCCUAAAGGAAAGCUUGGAGAAAAACAUAACACUGGAAGCCCAGUUAGAGGAAAUGGCCAGCAAAAAGUUCCAGCUGGAAGCAGACUCUCUCGAGGAACAGAGGAGAUGGGAAAGAACUUUACAGACACUCACGGGCCAGCUAAAUACUUUUGAAAAAGAAAUAGUCAGACUUCAAGAGGAUAAGCAACAGCUCCAAGCCACUCUGCAACAAGCCCUUGGAGAAAGAGAAGUCUUGGUAAAACAGACAGAAAGUACAACUGCUAGUCUGGAAGUUCAGAUUCAGGAGAUGACAUGGCUGAGAAGUGAGCUGGAGACAUUGAAGACCACCAGCCAAACUCUACAGAAAACCCAACAGGAGAAAAGUGAGAGCAUAGCUUCCACACUAAGAGAGGAGUGCUUGAAGCUGAAGAAUCAAAUAGAACAGCUGCAGCUGGAGAAAGUGCAAGCCACCAAUGUAGCAAAACAGCUGAGUGAGGAACUGGGGCAAUGCUGGAAAUGGCCCACAGAAGAUGAUGUUCUGCAGGUAGCACCAGUUUCUUCCAUGACAAUGACACAUCUAGCACAUGAGAGCAACAGCAAGGAAACCAGGGCUCCUGUGAAGGAAAGAGGCCUUGUCACAGAGGGAAAGAAUCAUGGAAUAGCAAGAUCACCUUUGACAAUGAAAGCGAUUCAGAUUGGUGUGCUUCAGGAUUUGGAAGGACCUAUCAAGAAAGACGAUGGUGCCACACAGAGAACGGAAGUGCAUGAGAAGGAUCUAGCUGGCCAUUUGGAUAAAAUGACAGAAGAUGUCCGGCAGGCAAUAAAAAUGUUAAUAGCCAAGGAAAAAACAACAGGUCAUCUCAUGGAGCAGCUGAACCGCUCUCAGCAAGAAAAGGAACAAUUACAACUUUUGCUGGAGAAAAACUGCCAGGAGUCUAAGGAGAAGGAGAAGAAAUUGAAAGAGGAGCUGUCGGAACAGGGAAUGGUCAUCAGCAAUAUGAAAAUCAAACUUCUGGAAUUAUUGCAGGAGAAGGAUGCUUUGUGGCAGAAGACGGAAGGUAUCACUUUGCCAGUUGCAAAUGUAGUUCCUCAGAACACAGGGUUGUGUUCUCAGUGCAAAAAAGAGUUCAAGCUUAUGUCACGCCGAUACCAGUGCAGGUGGUGCCAGAGCACUGUGUGUCAUGCUUGUUCAGUGAGCAGGGGGCACAAGGAGCGCUACUGCAUAGCAUGCUACCAGAAGAGAAACGGUCAGAGCACAUGACCCUUGCUCUCAUCCAGUUAUCCCAUACUAUCCAGCCUCAUUGCAAGCUCAGUUACCUGCUUGCAUCCUGGCUAUGAGUGGAUUUGAGAUAUCAGAUCCAGAAGGAAAAAAAGCAAAGGAACUCUUGAGGUGAUAAAAGAGAACUGCCUAUCUCUGUUGGGAUUAAAACUGACCCUGAACAAAAAACACUGAAGUGGUGUGGAGCAUCCCCUAUUUUUUAAAUGAUGCAACGCUAUUACUUGUUUGUGUCAGAAUCCAAUUAUAUUUCAUCUUUAAUUGUUGUGCCAAUGAGAUAUGAAGCCAACCUGCCUUCAGCCCUUGCAGCAGUAUAUAUUCCCCCAACCUGCUCACAUAAGCAAUAAAAUAUCAAACCAUUUGGAAACCACAAGGCAUUUGAUCCGGGCUAAGUAAUGGAGAGAGAUGUUGGCCGUAUGUACUUUGAUUCAAUUACUUGGAGAAAUACAAUAAAGGCAUGGAGGAGACUGAAUUAAUUUCUUCCAGUAUAGAAUCAGCACUCUGCAUAUGUAGAAAGAAAAAAAGGGAAUGUGGAAGGGAAUGAUCUCAUGGUAAGCACUAAUCUAUCCUCACUUCAAAACAGUAGUGCUAAGAUGAAAAGACAGAAGAGAGAAUACAAAUGAAUGUUUUAGCCACUGCAGAGUUUCUUCCAAUCCCUACUUUUUGCUCUGCCCCAUUCAGGGACCACUCAAAUGAUGCUGUCAUACACUUCCAAUCUUCCCAAGUUGUCCUCUGUCAUCAUUCCAGAACAAAUCUGUUUAGGAAAAAACACUCAGAUUCUCAAAUAGCCUAUGAAAAAGUUUUGCUUCAGUCUCCAAUUCUUGGUACUAUUAAGAUUUAGCUGGAUUACAAAUCUUCAUCAGCAAGGACCAUAUUGUCCUAGUGUUGUGGGAUAUAUAUCUAAUGCAUGACCUGGAAGACAUCAGCUUAUGGGAACUGGAUGUAAAUUUAGCAGAUAUUUAAAUUGUUAGAAUGCUUGCAUGACUGGGAAAAUGAACUAGGGGAAUUGUGGCUAGGGAAGAGUCCCACUCUAUGAAUAAUUAUUGUGUUACCAAUUGGUACGUAAUAUGUUUAUUCUGGUGGAGGGGGAGAUAUUACCAUGAGCUCUGGGAACCAUAAUUUGGCUGCAUUCCUGGGCUUAUCACACUGGAAUACAGAUUGAAAGAGUCUUGCUGAGGAGAAACCUGUAUACAAUUGUAUCACUAAUUAUGUAUUUGCUAUGAAAUAGCUAUGUAUUUAAGAAAUAAAAUUGAAUGAAAAUCA